UUCACAGAAUAGUUGUCUCACAAGUUCUACCGAGUUCUGUUUGCUACUGCGCUGUUAUCAAAUCUCAUUAUAUUUUUGUCCCAUUUGCGGACUGCGGACUAUCAGUUUUACACCUCCAUUGUUGUUGGAAGUUGCCUUCUGCGCCAGUGUGUGUAAAGGCCCCACUUUCGACGCAUCUAUUUUCUACGCUGCAAUCGCUUGAGUUUAAUCGCGACACUCUAAUUUGAUUCAGAACAAUGAAGUUCCUAGCUCUCGCCGUAUCCUGCCUGCUGGCGCUCUCCGGAGCCCUAGCCGCUGACUCCUGCUAUCAGGAUGUCUCCAUGGACUGCUCGCAGGCCUCCAACAGCAUGGUGCUGGCAAAAUGUAACGCGAUCUACGGCGGCUACGGUCACCAUGGCAACCUCGCGUCCGAGAUGCAAGCCUACGCGAACCUGCAUCUCGCUCGUUCGUACGAGUUCCUGCUAUCGGCGUCCUACUUCGACAACUACCAGACCAACAGGAAGGGAUUCAGCAAGCUGUUUAGGAAACUGUCGGAUGACGCUUGGGAGAAGACUAUUGAUCUCAUCAAGCAUAUUACUACUCGAGGUGGUGUGAUGGACUUCGCCCGCCGCUCCACCCUGGACACCGGCAGCAAGAACUACACCGUGGAGCUGAACGAGCUGGAAGCGCUGGCCAAGGCCCUGGACAUCGAGAAGGAGAUCGCUGAACGCGCCUUCCACAUCCACGGUGAAGCCACCAGGAACAGCCAGCACCUCCAUGACCCUGAGAUCGCCCAAUACAUGGAAGAGGAAUUCAUUGAAGAGCACUCUAAGACCAUCCGCAACCUAGCCGGCCAUAGCUCAGACCUCAAGAAGUUCAUCGCCCAGAACGACGGACAAGAUCUGUCCAUCUCGCUCUACCUGUACGACGAGUACCUUCAGAAGACCGUCUAAAUUAUAGUCCAUCUCAAAAAACUACCACUUUAGUAGAAAUUUUGUUACGCUGGUAAUCCCAUUGUUAUUAGCUUCCAGUACCAUCAGAAGACCGUCUAAAUUAUAAAUAGUCUACCAUCUCAAAAAACUACCACUUUAGUAGAAAUUUAGUUACGCUGGUAACCCCAUUGUAAUUAUCAACCGUCUUUGAAAUAAAAAUUAUCUAUUAUGGUAGAAAUUCGGUUACGCUAGCCGUCUAACAGAAUUUACCUACUAUAAAAAAAGACACAAAAUAUGUGGUUUAUUUAAAUUUUAAAAUUAAUCCUCCACUGAAGAAAACUACCAUUUUAGUAGAAUAUUGUUUAAGCCAUUUCAAUGUGUACAAAUAGGGCUGUUUAAAUUAUGUGAUAUGUAAGUUUUUUAUCAUUCAUUGUGUAUUAUAGCCUAGUAUAGAUGUAUUUUCAGUUAUUUUCCAAAUAAAAAUUCUUUAAUCGCCUAA